UUGCAGCCGGUGGUGGAAUCAGAGAUGGCGUUUGUCCCGGAUUUGGACAUGCUGGAGAGCAGCGGCCCCAAUGAGGAGACAUUUUACGGACUCGACUGCCCAUGCCUGCAGAAGAAACCUCGCCUGAGCUCCGACCUGAGCUCAUCCGGCCAGAGCCCGGCAGAGGUGGACAUCCAGGUGACGCUCACGGAGGGACACCCCGCCAAGACCUUCCGCCAGGCCGCCGUCCUGGUGGUGGCCAUGACCAAGCUCUUGAAGAGGCCGUCGCACCACGACUUCGCCGACAGCGACCUCGGGAGCUUCCUGGAUGCUGUUUUCGAGCCCGUGCCCUUCCAGCGGUUCGACAGCAGCUACGCAGGGGCCCCCGUGUACCGCUACACCCGCUCGCUGUCCUUCGACAUCCUCGACAUCAAGCACAAGUGCUUCGUGCUGGAGUCGCCCGCCCAGCUGGUGGCCCUGCACCUGCAGGGCCCCUCCGCCAGCCGCAAAGUGAAGCUCAACAUCGCCCUGUACCGGCCCAAGAGCUCGCAGGGCAGCGCCGGCGCCAUGCAGGUGCCCGUGGCGCUGGGCAUCAAGGGGUACAAACUCUACAUGUCGUGCGUGAUGAGCGGCGCCGAGCCCACGCUGCAGCUGGAGGAAGCCGACAUCACCAGGGACAUCGACAGCUCCGAGCUGACCCGCUUCAUCUUCUACCGCCGGGACAGCCCGGCGGAGGGCACCACGCGCUUCGAGUCGGUCGCCUUCCCCGGCUGGUUCAUCUGCACCUCGCUGCAGCCCAGGCAGCCCGUGGGCAUCACCAACCAGCCCGACGAGGUGAACAUCACCACGUACCGGCUGAGCAGGCCCUGAGCUGCCCCUGCACCAAACCAAAGCAAACCAAACCAGCAGUCACUGGUUUUCAGGCCGUAUGUACCGAGUACAAGCCCCUUUCCCCCCGUGGCUGGGACCUUCUCCCUUCCCUGCCCCACGGAAGAUUUAUUUCAUGUGAAAUAGCAGCUCUGGGCCCCGUGGGCCUGAGUCGCAGUCAAUUUAUACUUAUUUAUUAUGUUGGUCCAUUGCUUUUAACUUAACUUAACUUAGCUUCUUAACAUAACUAUUGUAUUUUUAUUAUUUGCCUGUCUCAGGAAUGGAUGUAUUUGACUGAAAACUGUUGAAAUAAAAACUUUCCC